CUUGUGCUUGUUCACACACGCAUUUGCCUUCACGCAGAGUGCGUGUGGACGCGGCGGCGGUGCUGGAUGUAGCGGAGAUAAAGUCAAUGUUUCUUUUCCCCCGUGCCGAUCCGCUUUGCCCCGGAGACAUAACAGAUCGUCCCUCAAGGACCCCUUCCCGCUGACUGCCCCACGGUUCCACCUCCUGCGGUCAGGAUGUCAUGGCGUCCUCAGUACCGCAGCUCCAAGUUCCGGCACGUGUUCGGCAAGGCGGCCCCCAAAGAGAGCUGCUACGACGGCGUGCCCAUCACGCUCAGCGUCCAGGACAACAACUUCUGCGCCGUCAACCCUCGCUUCCUCGCCGUCAUCACCGAGUGCGCGGGGGGCGGGGCCUUCCUGGUCCUCUCUGUCCAUCAUACGGGUAAAGUGGACCCUCACCACCCGCGCGUGUCGGGCCACAGGGGCAAUGUGUUGGACGUAAAAUGGAAUCCCUUUGACGACUACUGCAUCGCCUCCUGCUCUGAGGAUGCCACGGUGAAGGUAUGGGAAAUCCCCCCUCACGGGCUCUUCAAGAACAUGACAGUGGCCUGGAAGGAGCUACAGGGCCACAGCCGCCGGGUGGGCCUCAUCGAGUGGCACCCCACCGCCAACAACAUCCUCUUCAGCACCGCAUAUGACUACAAGGUGAUGAUCUGGAACCUGGACUGUCCGGAGCAGGUGAUCAAGAAUCCCGUGCGGACCAUCAGCGUCCACACGGACGUGGUGCUGUCCAUGUCCUUCAACACGGAUGCCAGCCUCUUGGCCACAACGUGCAAAGACAAGAAAGUGCGGCUCCUGGAGCCGCGCUCGGGGACCCUGCUGCAGGAAGCCAACUGCAAGACGCACAAGGCCACCAAGGUGCUGAUUCUGGACAACGUCAACAAGCUGCUCACCGCAGGCACGUCCAGAUGGAACGACAGGCAGAUUGCACUCUGGGAUCUGGAUGACUUGUCAAUGCCUUUGUUAGAGGAAAACAUGGAUGGUUCGUCGGGAUUCCUCUUUCCGUUCUAUGACCCUGACACACACAUGCUGUACUUGGCCGGGAAGGGGGACGGGAACAUCAGGUACUAUGAGAUCAGCUCGGAGAAGCCGUACAUUCACUACUUGACGGAGUACCGCUCCACUUUGCCUCAGAAAGGGAUGGGUGUGAUGCCAAAGAGAGGCCUGGACGUGAGUUUGUGUGAAGUCUUUCGCUUCUACAAACUGGUGACCAUCAAGACGCUCAUUGAGCCGCUGUCCAUGAUCGUCCCACGCAGGUCAGAGUCGUACCAGGAGGACAUCUAUCCAAUGACGGCGGGCAACAAGCCCGCUUUGACUGCGGACGAGUGGCUCAGCGGCAUCGACAGAGGCCCGGUGAUGAUGUCACUGAAGCCUGGCCAGCCCGUGGACGAGUCGAACGGCGAGACCGACAAAGAUCCGGGGAGGACUCGCGGCCGAGCGUACAUCAGGGAACAGCCGGGCGGCGGCACGACAGACAACAAUGGCGUGGUAGACGACGGCAGGACGGCAGUGAGCAACGGACAAGACUUCCUGCUCUGCUCGCCGCCCAAGACGGAAAACGAGCUUCGCGUGAAGUUUCACAAGCAGCAGGACGAGAUCCGGCGGCUGGUGGAGCUUCUCCACCAGAGGGACGUGCACAUCAAGCAGCUGGAGUUGGAGAUUAACAACAUGAAAAACUCUCAGCAGAACUCACUUUAACACUUUUUUUUUUUUUUUAAGACAAACACGGUCUUUCUGUCGUCGCUUGACACACAAUUUAGUGCACAUAUUCUUGAUGUAAAUACUCAGUGAUUCUUACCCACACACUUUUACAAACGUGCACUUUUUUGUAUCGCAGCUAUGCAACUUUUUAGCUUUUCUUUUUUUUUUUUUUAAACACUUUUUGUGAGCGGAAAGAAAAAAAAACAUGUGAUCUGCUUUAAAAAAGAAACAAAGAUGCGCGAUCAUAUGCAAAUGCAUUUUAUCGGUUGGCUUCAGUAUUUGAAAAAGGAGACUGAAAAGAAAAAAAAUACCACUCUGUGAUUAAAAAGUGACAUCAUAAGAAUAAACGUAAUAUUUUUCUUACGAUUUGAAUUUCAAAAUUCACUAUUCUUAUAAAA